GGUGCCGGUGCCGUCCCGUCGGUGCCGGCGGGGCGAUGCCGUUCCCGGGCGGGCUGUGGUGGCUGCUGUGCUGCCGGCGGGGCUUCACUCUGCUGCGGCGGGACUACGGCGAGGCGGAGCGGGAGGCUGACGGCGAGGCCGAAGAGGAGGAGGAGGCGUCCUUCGAGCUCCGCACCCAGGGAGACCAGGGAUCCCUGGAGGUGAGCCUGAGCCAGCCCACCCGUAGCAGCAGUGGCUCGGAGCGGUCCCUACUUGUCGCGGAGGAGAUGCGCAGCCUCAUCGUGGAGAAGGGCCCAGGGCCAGUGGAGGAUGACCCUGAUGCUCUUGUGAAAGGCUGGCUGCAGCGGGAGAUGCGGGGCUGCAUGAAGACUCCCUGGAUUCGUCCUCGGAAGUACUGGUUCGUGCUGACACCUGACUCCCUAGACUACUACAGCAGCAACGAGAAGGGGGCCCGGCGGCUGGGCUCCCUCGUGCUCACCAGCCUCUGCUCUGUGCUCUGGCCAGACAAGCAGCUCUACAAGGAGACAGGCUACUGGAGCGUGACGGUGUUUGGCAGGAAGCACUGCUACCGCCUGUACACGGAGCACCUGAACGAGGCCGUGCGCUGGGUGUGUGCCGUGCAGAAGGUCAUCGACAGCAAAGCGCCCGUGCAGACGCCCACCCAACUGCUCAUGCGCGACGUGGAGGAGCACAGCAGCAGCCCCGAGGUUCUGGAGCAGAUCUACCGCUGCAACCCCAUCCUGCGCUACACCAGCGGCCCUCUCUAUGCUCCCCUGCUGCCCUUCCCUUACGGCAGCCUGGACCAAAGUGCCCCCGGCCCCCGCAGCUACACCACGCUGCGUGAUGAGGCUGUGAAGCUCUUCAACUCGCUGCAGCAGCUGGAGUCGGAGCGGGACCCGGUGCCGCUGAUGCAGGGCGUCCUGCAGACCUGCCUGGACCUGCCGCCGCUGGUGGAUGAGAUCUACUGCCAGCUGGUGAAGCAGACCACGGAGCCGCCGGCGCCGGGCGGGCAGGGCGACCUGCACUACUGGCAACUCCUCACCUGCAUGAGCUGCACCUUCCUGCCCUCCCCGCCUGUCCUGCGCUUCCUGCGCUUCCACCUGGACAAGACUGAGAGCUGUUUCCCCGCCUCAGAGAUGGCCAAGUAUGCCUGCUUCAUCCGGGAGGCACUGGGAAAGACAAAGGGACGGGAGUGUGUGCCCUCCCUGGACGAGAUUCUGAUGCUGAUGCAGCGGCAGGAGAUGAUCUGCACCGUUCACUGCCCUGGGGCGCCCGCCUGCAGCGUGGCCAUCAGCUCCCACACCACGGCCCAGGAGGUGGCCCAGGAGCUGGUGUCGCGCCUGGGGCUGUCCCAGAGCCCCAACCUCUUCGCGCUCUACGAGCAGUCCCGGCGGCGGGAGCAGCCAGUGGGCAGUGCCACACUGCUCGCUGAUGUCCUCACCAGGUUUGAAAACCUGGCCGGGGAGCAGCGUGAGCAGGACCCACCGUGCCGGCUCUGCUUCAAACACUACGGCUUCCUGGACACGGACAAUGUCCCACGGGACAGCCUGGAGUUCGCCCUCCUCUUCGAGCAGGCACACGAGAUGGUGCUGCGGGGCUACGUGCCCACGUCGGAGGAGACGCUGCAGACGCUGGCAGCCCUGCGCCUGCAGAGCCUCAACAGCGACUUCUCCACCCACGCGCCCUUCCCGCGCCUGGAGGAGCUCUUCCCGCCCCACGUGCUGCACGCCCGCCUGCCGCCCCCACCCCACCGGCCCCCUGCCAAAUGCCGGGGGGCCCGGCUGCGUGCAGGGCUGCUGGCCGGCGGGCUCUGGGGCCAGGCGCUGGCCAAGCAGCGGGCCGAGCGGGACCAGCGCCUGCGGGGCCGCCUGCGCGAGGAGGGGGCCAGCACCAUGGCUGCCAUCGUGGAGAAGUGGAAGCUGCUGCAGGGCAUGGGCCGGCCCGAGGCCAUGGCUGCCUAUGUGGCCCUGGUGCGGGAGUGGCCUGGCUUCGGCUCCACGCUCUUCGACGUCGACCUGCACGUGGUGAGGCCCCGGCCGGGCAGGGCAUGGGGGCAGCCCUGGCAGUGGGUGGCCCUGACACCCCUCUCCUCACAGAGCCCGGUGGGGGCCGGGCCCCAGCGCCUGUGGCUGGGCAUCGGGGCCAAGGCCGUCUCGCUCUACAAGCCGGGGGAGCCCGAGCCCUUGGACAGCUUCUGCUACGGCCGCAUCUCCUCCUUCGGCGCCUCCGACAGCAGCACCUUUCGCCUCUCUGUGGAGGACCGAGACCUGCUUUUUGAGACCUCCCAGGUGGACGAGAUCGCCCAGCUCCUCAACACGUACCUCGCCUCUGCGGGUGCCCAGCGGCUGCCUCGGCCCCAGGAAUCCCCCACCAGCCCCACCACCUCGGAAUCCACUGUGCUGCCCCAGGGGCUCUGCCCUGCAGCUGGGCCCUGGCAGCACCGGCCACCGGUGGGUUCCUCUCACAGCUAGCCUGGCGGCCAGCACAGCCACACAGGUGCUCUGAUGACCGGGGCGGGAGGGCUGCCAGCCCAGCAGCAAGCGGCAGGUCUGUGCUGGCCCCCAGCUGUUCCGUGGAGCAGGGGAUCAGGGGCUCCUUCUUCCCCCCACCCACUGCCAUUGCCUUUCUGGUUAUUUCCUUAAUUUAUUUUGAGACGCCUGUGCGCCCCACAUCUCCCAGCACUUUCCCUGGCGGGCAGUGGGGCCGCCCCACGGUGGUUCCCCGCACUGCCCUCAGGCCUGUUCCCGUCCCCUGUACCCUGGUGCCUUCGCCUCCAGCACUUGUGCUGUCUGAUUGCUCUGCCGGUGCCCUGGGGGCUUCGCCUGGGGCAGAGGGUGUCAGGCAGCAGUGCUGUGCCAUUGUCUGUCUGUCUGUCUGUCCGUCCGCUGGACCCACCCCUCCUGGAAAGCUGCGGGCGGCUUUUGGCCGAGCCACCCUGGGGACCUGCAGGCUCCUCCUGGCUCACUGGCCAGGUCCUGUGGCUCUGUGGUGGCCCUGUGGCUGAGCUCGUGUCGAGGGGGUGGCCAGUGGGGUGGCAGCUGGUACGGCUGGGGCUCAGCCCCUCAGUGUUGCCUCUGUAGAGUUUGUCAGUUCUGUCCUGGGGAGGAGGGGUUGGUUGUUUGUUUUUCUAAAUAAAUGCACAAAGGAAA